AUGGGGUUUUCAUACAGUGAAUUUCCUUCUGCUAAUGAGCCAUCUCAGAAACUCUAUGAGGAAGAAAGUGGGUUUCCGUUGUUAAUGGGUUCCAUUCGGGGUUUGACAGCUGUGCUCCUCCUCCUGCUUGGUCUUUGUACUGGACAGAGGAUUGUAACUGUUCAGAAGGGCCAUCUUUAUCGAGCAAAAGGCUACCAUAUCACCAUCGGGUGCAAUGUCAGUGGCUAUAGGGGGCCAUUGGAGCAGACAUUCCAGUGGUCUGUGUAUCGGCCAUCUGCCCCAAAGACAGAAAUGCAACUCAUCAGCACUAGUGAUUCCAGUUUCCCUUAUGCUGUCUAUGUCCAACGUGUCAAGGCAGGAGAAAUCUAUAUAGAGAGGAUCCAAGGAGAUUCUGUCCUGCUGCACAUCACCAAGCUUCAGACUGAGGAUGCUGGCGAGUAUGAAUGUCAUACACCCAACACUGAUGGAAGGUACUUUGGGAAUUACAGUGCCAAAACAAGGCUGUCAGUGAUCCCAGACACACUGUCUGCUACCAUGAAACCACAGGAUUCCACCCAAGAUGAAGGAGAUUCAUUAGAACUCAUCUGUGAAGUGUCAGCAGCAACAGUCCAGCACACCCACCUUUCUGUUGCCUGGUACCUUAUUCAAGGAAAUGGAGAAGGCCAGGAAAUUCUUUCCCUGUCCAGAGAUUUUGUCUUGAUUGCAGGGUCUUCCUACGGUCAAAGGGUUUCCUCUGGAGACAUAAGGCUAGACAAAAUUGGGGACAAAAAGUAUAAAUUGUCCAUCAUUAAGAUACUGCCCUCAGACCAGGGGAAAAUGUAUUGUGAAGCAGUUGAGUGGAUUCAAGAUCCUGACGGAACUUGGAAAGAUAUUGCCCGAAAAUGGACAAACAAGACUUCUCUGACUGUCAGGAGCCUUGAACAGCCCAUCUAUUUACUUGUCUGCUUAACCUGACAUCUAUUGUUCAUAGAAAGUGUCUUGAAAUUGGUUCUGUGGAUAAAUGAAGAACGAAUAAUGGAAGGAGAAGCUUUGAUCUUCUACUGUAAAGCAAGUGUGGCUGAAAAUUCUCUGUCUGUGAAAUGGUGGUAUAUCUCAAGGAACAAAAGCCCUCCAGUGCUCAUAGCCAGCAUGGAUCAAGAUGGCAUGUUAAAGAUUGGAACUUCUUACUUGGAGCGCAGUGCUCGUGGUGACCUCAGAUUAGAAAAGAUGAACUCCUCUACAUUUACCUUGACCAUCUACAACACUUUAGCUACAGAUGAUUCAGGGCUUUAUCACUGUGAAGUGACAGAGUGGUUCAGAGGCAGAAACUGGGUACACAUUCAGGAAAUCUCAGCCAACGUUGAAUCACUGGGGAUGAAUUUGAAAGCUGUACUGAUCAGCAGAAGAGCAAAUGUAAUGCUGCAUGAAGAUUUUGAACUGUACUGUCGGGUGUCAGUUAACCACAGCACCAAAAGAGUGCCAGUAUCCAUCAUUUGGCAAUUCCAUCCGAGUUCAACCCUGACUGGUUAUCAGAAAGUGGUGAAAAUCACAGCAGGAGGCACCAUUGAAUGGGGAUCAGCACUUCCUCACUUUCAGAAGAAAAUGAAGAUUACUAAAUCCUCCUCUUUAUCCCAGCUCCUAAUCCAUGGUGCAACAUGGCAAGAUGCAGGGAUAUUUAAGUGUGAAGUAGAAGUCUGGAGAAAUGUUCAGGAAGCCAGCAAUUUGGGUAUAGCAGCAGCUGCAGUGGUAUCCUCUAAUCCUGUUGAAAUAAAAGUCACCCAACCAGAAAGCAAACUAAGAGUCAGCCUGGACACUAAGACCCUAGAAAUCUCUAUGAAUGAUGAUACAGAAAUUAAAUGUGAAAUCAUCUCAUUGAGCAAAGAGGAGCCUCAAUUAGGAGUAUCUUGGUACUUUCAGCAAAUGUUUCCAGAAGAUGCAGGCCGACUGCUCAUUUUAGCAACCAAUUACAGUAACAUAGUGAAAUAUGGGGAAGCUUUCAGUUCUCCUCAGAAGAAAUCCAGAUUUCAUAGCGAGAAGGUUUCCAGUCACCUGUAUCAGCUAUCUAUUUCAUCAGUAGAUAAUGAUGUCAGUGGCACAUAUUACUGUGUAGUAGAGGAGUGGAUCUGGUCAGUGGAUGGUGGCUGGCACAACCUUGGAAAGGCAGAAUCAGGAAGAACUACUGUGAAUUUCAAGGCUUCAGAAAACAAACUACAAAUUGAAAGUACAAACCACAGUAUCACCAUCACUGAAAAUGAGGAUGUGACCUUGAAAUGUCUCCUCCAGAGCCAAAUACACCCUACCUCUCACUUCUCCAUCAGUUGGUUCAAAGUAUCAGUCCAUUCCAGUACAGAAACCCUGCUGAUAAUAAAAGACAAUGGCAUAAUUGAGUAUGGCAAUGUGAAGAUGGCAAGGAGGUUGCGCCCCAGCUGCCCUUCUACUGGUGACUUUCAUUUGACAAUACAGGAAGUGGAGAUGGGUGAUUCUGGGCUAUUCUACUGCCAAGUGGAAGAAUGGGCACUCAACUGUAGCACUGCUCAAGUUCAACAAGCAUCAACUCGGUCAGGAUACAGCAAACUUACAGUGCUUCCUCCAGUGUCAACCAAUUCUACAGAGAUCUGUUCUUCUCCAACACUUUUCCGUUUCCUUUUGUUCUACCCUUUGGUAAUGUUCCUUAUUUUGAUGGCUGCUAUUCUCUUCUUGGGCUUCAAAAUCAAAUUCAUCCACCAGAAGCAAUGGAAUCUGAAGACAAAACAAGAAUUCUGGGGGGGGACUGGGCUAGUGCAAGUCAGUGGCAAAAGGAAUAACAGCAUAGGAAACGAAGAAGAGACUAAUAGCCUUAAAGUCAGUGGGGUGGACUGA